UGAUGGUAACGCUGGCGGGGAUCAUGUCGUACUUCAGCCCCGAGAGAGUCCUUGGAGCCCCGCAGAGGGAAGUUUCUCAAUCCAGGCCUGCAUCCCUCUCUCCUCCGCCGUACGUCGUCAUCAUCAUCUCUUGCUCGGGGCUCAUCUCUUUUGUUCUGCUGCUCCUCACCUGCUUGUGCUGUAAGAGAGGAGGAGUGGGAUUCAAUGUAAGUCUUCAACAUGAGUUUGACAAUGCAGACGGGGAGGAGUGCUCUGGAGGCUCCAGCCCCAUCCAGGAGGACAGCCUAUCGUCAUGUCCCUCCCUCCCUGAGGUUUACACCUUACCAGUCAGAGACAGGUCCAACUGCAAUGCUCUGCAGGAUGGAGCAGACUCCAAGUCUCAGUUCUUUAAAAGACAUGCUUUAAACUACCUUCAAGAGAUAGGAAAUGGCUGGUUUGGAAAGGUGAUCCUGGCUGAAGUGUUGUGUGACUGCAGCUCAUCUCAGGCUGUGGUGAAGGAGCUGCGGAUCAGUGCCAGCCCUCUGGAGCAGAGAAAGUUCUUGGCUGAAUCUGAGCCAUACAGGAGUCUUAAACAUCCCAAUAUCCUUCAGUGUCUGGGACAGUGCAGUGAGAGCAUCCCAUUCCUCCUGGUUAUGGAGUUUUGUCAGCUGGGUGACCUGAAGCGAUAUCUGCGAGCCCAACGCAAGUCAGAUGGGAUGACUCCAGACCUGCCAACCCAGGAUUUGUUGACUCUUCAGAGAAUGGCUUUUGAGAUCACCUCAGGCCUUCUGCAUCUCCAUGAAAACAAUUACAUCCACAGUGAUCUGGCUUUAAGAAACUGCCUGCUGACCUCAGACCUCACUGUUAGGAUAGGCGACUAUGGCCUCUCACAUAGUCAUUAUAAGGAGGACUAUUACCUAACUCCAGACAAGCUAUGGAUCCCACUUCGCUGGAUCGCUCCAGAGCUGUUGGAGGAAUACAGAGGCUCUCUCAUAGUUACUGACCAAACCAAGACCAGCAACGUGUGGUCCCUGGGGGUGGUGAUAUGGGAACUGUUUGAGUUUGGCUCUCAGCCCCACAGACACCUGAGUGACGAAGAGGUGCUGACCUUCGUUAUUAGGGAGAGACAGAUCACACUGGCCCAGCCCAGACUCAAACUCUCCCAUGCAGACUAUUGGUACGAGAUCAUGCAGUCCUGCUGGCUUCCUCCAUCUCAACGCCCUUCUGUAGCUGAGAUAUUCCUCCUCCUCUCGUCCCUCCUGGCCGCUGAGCGAGGAAUGGCAAGGGGGAGUGUCAGAGAAGAAAAUGAAGAGGAUGUGGAGUAUGAAGAGGGCAGAGGAAGGAGAGGGGAGAGUGAGGAGUCAUUUGAAAGACGCUGGGACUUACUCCGUCCACCUGCCUUUCAGACUGCAGCAAACGAGCGGCCAAGGGAGAGAGAGUAUGGCAGGGAGCACAGAGACAACUCCUACCCCCUGCUGGACGCUGUGGGGAACUGUAUCACCCCGUCCUCGUCAGAACUGGAUGACAUCUUAACAGUCACAGAAACUAGCAAAGGUUUGAACUUUGAGUAUUUCUGGGAGAAAGCUCAUGCCAGACGAGGCUACAAACCUCUUCCUCCUCCUCAGCCAAUCCCUACUGUCAACAAUAACCACAGACAAUCUUUAGACACUCCCACUGUGGUCCCUGUUAUAAGCGCUCGCAGUCCCUCCCUUGCCAGUGAGUACUACAUCAGAUUAGAGGAGCACACCCCCCAAGAUAAGUCACCAACUCUAAAGGAGAAGGCACAGUCCUUUUUCUGUUCUGACUCAAUUUGCCCCGGAGAUGUGGAGUUAGUGGAGAUUCGUAGUGGGAUGUUGGGAAAAGAGCGAGUCCCUUAUUGUUCCUCUGACAAGUGUGGAAAGGGCCUCCAGACCGUCAGAUCCACUGAGAUUCAGCUCCAGGUGCCCAACACAGGUGUAGCAGAGUUCAGAGACACUUCGAGCAGAGUGACUGACUUCUCUGUAGUCGAUUUAGGGGAUGAUGAUGAAGAUGAGAAGAAAAUGAGCAGUGAGGCAGAUAAAAAAUCAUCUAUGAGUUCUCAAGCUCCAGUCCUCCCUCCUAAGCCUCGCUCUAUGUCCAUGUCAUCAGCCAACCACCUUCACUCACGCCCCCUCCCUGCCCCUCCGCUUGAAUAUAGAGGACUGCCUCACUACACCGUCAUUGGAAAAAUUGAGACAGACCCACAUCACAUGAGCAGCUGCCCACCUUCUACCUUUGAUCAUUUGGGGCUCCAUCGCUCCCGACAGACUCUGCCCCCAUCCCCUUCUUUAUCUCCAUCCCUUCCCCCAUCAAGCCAUCCAGUUUACCCCCAGCCUUCUCAAAUGUGUCCUCCUCCUCUUCCUCCCCACUCCAAACCACAAAGAAGCUGCCCAAACUACAACACAACCGACACAUACUCAAGGUACAGUAAGCCGCAGAUACAGAGAUCCAAUAGAGACCCACUAUCCUGUGACUUGUCUGACAGAGACGGCGGUACCAGGCAUGCAGCAACAUUGCACAACUCCAAGGAGACUUCUCAUUCACGUGUAAAAGACUUUGACUCCCCUGUUCGUCGAGAAAACCCUUUGCGCCCUAUUUAUCGCAAUUUACCCCGCCUUCAGGCCACAAACUCCCAGAUUGAGAGGCAGUCAUCAUCCAGUCCCACCUACUCAGAUGAGGAUGACUCUCCCUUCAUGUCCCCUGAGAGAUUCAUUGGUGUUACUACUGUCACUCACUCCAGUUUAUCUGAAGAUGCAGACCCAGAUACUGCAGAGCUCUUCUCCAGGGGCAUGAAAAGGACUCAGUCACGCCUUGACACCAUCCUGCCUGCCAUCUGGAAGGAAGAUGCUGAACUUCAGACAGAGCGUGUGGCCGCAGCCAAAAAAUCCCCCAUGCAUCUGUUUCUGACAGAGAUAUCUACUGUGACAGAGUCUAAUAAGCCCAAGUCAGAGGCAUCAUGGGAGGGACAAAAGAAGGAGAAAAGAGAUGGAGAAAGAUGGGGUAACUAUGUGCUGCCCCACAGAGGGAUGCGCCGCUCCCGGUCGCUGAUCACAGAGCUGGGUUCAGUAGGACAGUCAUGGGGACCAGAGAAACAUAUCAACACGACAGGAGUUGAGAAGGACAAUACAGUCACUAAAGACUCAUUCCCGAGGGAACUUUUUCUCACAGAGAUCAACACAGGAGGAAUAAGCAUGGAUGUAGAGGGGGGAUCAGAAAGUGACCCAGUAAAAUACCUUUAUCCUGCGGGACCCAGAUUGAGGCCCUAUGUCUGUACUCCAGGCAUUCCCUCAUAUACUGAGGCUGAGGAGACUUACUCAAAGGGUAUACGGAGGUCCCGCUCCCUCCUCUCUGAGAUCACCAUUGGGAAACAGGAAUUUGAACUACAGCAUACUGAAAAGGAUCUACAGAGAAGUGAAAUGACCAGGGAAGAGUUCCUGAAGGAGAUCCAAUCAGCAGAGACCUUUCUGACUGAAAUCAUAUCAAGACAAACUGCUUCAGCAGAUUCUUCUUAUUCCCCUACUCCACUGUCACCUGAAUACGAGUCUAUAUGCAUUGACCCAAACUCUGCUCAGACCAUCAGAUUUCAGUCAGAGAGUUCCAUACGAGCAUCCAAUGAAGGCAGUGAUACACAAACUGAGGCUAUCUAUGCCCAGGUGACCAAACGUGCUAAAAAGAGUGAGAUAAAGGUUUCCAUGAGACCUGAGAUCCCAGUCCUUCACAUAGGAUCAAACAAACAACCUUUCAAACUGGACGCCCAAGGAAAUAAUGCUGACCACUGCAAUUCUGGUGAGUUUGUGUUUUCUGAAAUCAUGCCCAAAAAUGGUUUACUACACAACCAGACACUUGCAUGUCAGACAGAGGAGGAGGAGUGUGCAGAUGGCCCUGCCUUACCUGCCAGAGGAGAGCAAACAGAUCUCUCAGAGGAAUCUCCUGUUGAAUCCACUGAGAGUGUUAAAGAAUCCAACACUGUGAGCAAAUCACUCUUUAUAAAUGAAACUGAUACUCAAAAGCCUGUUGCUAUAAGGAAUGGUGAGAUAAUGAAAGAAGACCUGCAGGCAGCUAGUCCUGAGAGACAGGAUCAAACAUGUGGAGAGACUGAUACCCAAUCAUAUGAUCUUGAGAAAGAAAAAAGCCACACUGUAGUGGACUCUGAAAACAUCCCAGCUGCUGAUUCCAAGAACUUUAAAAAUAUGGGUUCUCAAAAUGACAAUGAAAGCUUAGCAGAGAUGAAAAGAGAACAUUUACUAGGACACAGUGGUCAUAUUGUCCAAAAGGCAGCCACUCCUGCCGUUACUCCAACCACUCCAGACUGGGACCCGUCCUCUGAUGCUUCACUUGUCACCCCCACGGACUCAGCCCUGUCAUCUAUGACUUCCAGCUCAGCCGACUGCCUCACACCUAGCGACUCAUGGGUGGGAGGAGGAGUGGGAAGUGGUGGGUGGCGGGCUCUGGGAAAUGAUAUACCACAUCGAGACUCUGCCUAUUUCUCAGACAGUGACUGGGAGGGGGAAGGGAUGAACAGAAGGAGCAGUGAUGGAGUUACUGCUUCCAGGCCAAGCAGUGGUCGAGGAGUGGAAAGGGGAACACUGACAGGGAUAGAAGAAAAAACUGAGGAGGAGGGAGAGAUGGGAGAAAAGAGCCCUUUAAGAAAAGGUCUACAGAUGUUAGAUAAAAAAGGUAAAACUGGGGAAAUGACGACUGUUGUGGUGUGUGAGGAGAAGGUUAUAACAUAUCAAAAUGCUCCUGAAAAUGACAUCUCCCAUUUAGAUGACGAGAAAGAUCAUCUAAGCAAAGGACUGGGCUCAACACAGGGAGAUGAUUCUGGCAUUUUUCACAAUGAAAGCAAAAACUCAGCACUGCUGUGCAAUGAUCCCCCUGUCAAGGACUGCAUUGACUUCAUUGAUAAGUUGUUCUCAAAAUUAGAUGAUGAGCCACUGAAAGGGCUCCCACACAGCAGUGGGUAUGCAAUACACAGCCAUUACACAAAUGGCAUCAUCUCUCAAAUAACAGAUUGCAGAUACCAGGGAUCUGCAGAGAACAACUUAAAUCUACAUUCCAGGAACCUGGCUGAGACAAAUACUUUGAUUGAGUCUGUAUCUGGCAGCCAGUCAAAGGAAUGCAUUUUAAGACCAAGCAUCAGAGAUUACACAAAUAUUACACAACCAGAUAUUAGUCUUUCUGCACUGAAUUCUCUCAAAUGUGAAAAUGAUACAGUGAAAACUGUGGCACCAUCCCAAGUUGACAAAAGAGAGUCUAGAUUAGCUAACCGGUACAGCAUCCACAUCCCUGAUGCCACAUUUAGAGAUGAAAUGCUGUCAGUAGUUGAACCAAGUGAUGAUGAGAAGUGUGUCAAUGAUAAAGUGAGUGGACUGGCAUGUCCUUCUUGGGCAGAGGAGGGUGAUAAUGAGCCUAAGAGAUGUAAAGAGAGGCCUUGCUUAGACCACAAUGAGCUGGGCCUGAGAAACCUCCACUGCACAGAUGGCAGCGAGGACAGAAGGAUCACAACAGAGACGGAGAAACAGCUGGCUGCUGCAGAGUUGAGUUACGCCAUGAAGGAAAAGUUGUCUCUGAGAGUAGCCGAAGGUGGGAUGGAAUCUGCUAACGAUGGAGAUGAAGAGUCCUGUGAGGGACUGGAUGUGAAAACUAAAGAGUUAUGGAGUGCUCUGGAGGAGGAUGAAGAAAUACCUGGUGUGGUUAGAGGAGAGUUUGACUGCCACCGUUUUUUACUGUCAAAGGAUUUGCACUUGUGGCCUGAUGAAAAUGACCAGUGGGCCUCUCCAGAGAAGAGAUGCCAAAAUACUGAACUAAGAUCUGAAUUUUUCUCUGGGUUCAGUAAUAAGGCGUGGGAGGUGGGGGAGCGGCUUGUUGUGGGUCAGGAGUUUUGGGAGACUGAAGAAAAUGAUGAACUUGCAGGAAGUGAGCCUCACCCUGCUUUCUUGGAGGGCAGUGAAGAAACAUGGAACCAUGAAGCACUAGGAGUAACUGGUAAACUAACUGUGAUAGAAAGCUUGGACUCUAAGGAUAACCAACAGACUGCCCAAGUAGUAGACAUGCAACAGGAGGAAAACAUUGAGAACUUAGGAGAAACAGACAGUUUUAACAGUGAGCCAAAACAAGAAAUCACAGAUAUCGAAGUAGAGAAUAUAGAAAACCCAGAGCAGGAGACCCUGGAGCAAGGAGACAGGCGGAUUUCAUUAUGCACAGAGACAAUCCUGGACAGGCAAGGUCAACUAGAUUCCACAGAGACAGAAGAGAAUCAAAAUUUUAACAGAUGGCCUCAGAAUCACCUCUGUAGGAUCCAAAAGGAGAAGCAGAUAUCAGCUGAACAGGCUGACAAUGAAGCAGGCUUUAAUUCAGAGAACUACUUUGGUCACACUCUAGAGAAUAAAAGCUCAGCUAUAUCUGUUUGCAUUACUGAAGCUCCUCAUGUGAACUCUUCAGACCUGGAAAAUGUUGAAUCAGGCUUAGAUUCAGAGGCUGAAAAGAGACCAUGGUUUUCUAGGCAAUGUACAGAUGAAAGAAUAAGCAUUAUGAAUGCAGGCGAGGAUCACAGAGACAUGUCUCCUCCAUCAAAUCCCAUUUCUUCUUCCACUGACCUUGAUGUACAGGAGGAAACUGAUCAAUCAUAUCCACAGGUAGACAGCUUCAGCUCAGUAGAUUUUCCAAGUCCUCCACCGAGUAUAGACCUUGAUGUGCACGAUGAUAAACUGGAGAGUUUAGACGACUCUUUUCCUAGUCCACCGCCAUCUGUUAUAGAAGCAGAGGAGUUUAUUAGUCACAUCAAUCUAGAUGACUUUAUUGCUAGCUCUGAGACAGAGCCGUAUAUUUCCUCAACACACAACAUAGAUGUCUCAGAGCCACCCCUACAAGAAUCAUCCCCUGCUGCAGCUCAGAGUAAAGGGAUAUCAGCCAAUCUGAACCUCCCCUCUGUGCAUAUAACACAGCACAAUGAGAAUAACCUAGCAUCCAGCAUAGAAAGUCAGGACGAAUAUAAUAACCUGACCCAGAAAACAUCAUCUGCCCCCCCGUCCUCUCCCCAAGUUCCCCUCAACAAUCUCCCAGAAUUACUGAUUUCUGAAUGGAAAAAUUUGGAUGAGGAGCCCCUGGAGGACUUUGAAAAACUGGAACAACUGUGCUGCAUAUCUGGCGAUGAGGAGGACACCCUAGGGGACCUUUUCUUGGGGAACCUCGAGCUCCUGGAGUCUUUGAAGAAAACACAUGAUCAGAAAGGAAUCAGUGCUGCUGAUACAGUCCAGAACAUAUGUAGCUCCUCUCCUUCAGAGGGGAUGAUUUUGAAAGAGGAUUUGGUCAGCAAUAAAUCUGAUGAACUGGUAGAGUCAGCACUACCCGUGAUCCUGGAUUCCCAAGAUAGAUUGUCACCUCAAAAGGAGAGGAACGACACACUAAGAUCAUCAGGCCAAACAUCUGAUGUCAAAGACCAGGGAUCGCUUUCUAAGAUGACAGCAAAGAAUGGCCUCAUGAUGCAGGUGUGUGAGGAGAGGCUACAGUUCUCCCUCAGUGAAAAUGUGAAAACAAAUGUGCUUUGGGGGGCAACUGUGAAAGACACAGUUACACUCCGGCCCUGGGGAGAACAAGUAAUAGACAGCAGCAAUGACCUGGUGACGGUGAAGGAACAAAAAGAUGAUGAAAGCCAAGAGGAGCGUGGCCCCAGUGUUCAGCCCCAUAUCGACUCUGAUGAAACUAAACCUGAGCUACUCACUGUGAUUGAACAACCUGAGGCUGCAACACCUCAGCCCACUGCAAACCAGGCAAUGAAAGCAAAAUUAGCUCGUCUAUCUCUCGCCCUCCCUCCUCUUGCGCUGACUCUUCCCCUCACUCCCACUGGUAAAGGGGGAUUUGGAGAUGGAGCGAUUGGAAGUCGAAUCGGAAGGCGGAGAGGUCUGUCACUGGGGAGUGACCCUGAUGAUGAUGAGGAGGAUGAGCAGGAGGAUGAAAGCUCCCGGAGGGUGAUCGUCGUCACAGAAACGGACGUGGACAAACGUGUCGGGCUGAGGAGUCUGCUGAAGUCCCCCAGGGAACCGAUGGACAGGGAGAAGGACAGAGGACGAAAUGUGUCCUUUUUUGAUGAUGUCACCAUUUAUCUUUUUGAUCAGGAAACUCCAACCAAUGAGUUAAGCUCUUCAGCACCCACUAGUCCGGCUGCAAUGUCUGUCAAAAGCACCAAGUUGGAUUUGCACGGGCCAAACAUCAAAGGCAAAGAAUCAAAAAAUAAAGCGGAUUUAUCAAUUAAGACAAGGUCACCUGUGGGGGCCAGUCCAGUGACAUCAUCUCGCUUCACUGUCAGCCCUGCUGAUGACCCCCACUCGGUGUGAUGUUACACCUCAUCAUGGGAACCUUUAGAGUAGACUGUCUUGGACUGGCCAGUGAAUUAACCCCAACAACCAGCCAUUCACCCAGAGGCUAUUUUUUUAUUGAAUAGGCAACUGAAAGAAUGAGACUCCCGGUCUAAAAGAUGGACACAUUCCAGGUUUUACCAGCGACAGGAUUUUGU